AUGUCGUACUACGGAAACGGAGGAUACGGAGGAGCCCCAUACGGAGCCGGACAUCCAGGCUAUGGAGCCCCACCACCAGUUCACGGAGCACCAGGAUACAUGCCACCACCAACUGUCCACGUCCACACCGAUGGAGGACACCACGGAGGACACCACGAUGUUCACCAUCACGGACACCAUGACAGCCAUCAUCAUGGAGGACAUCAUGGAGAACAUCACUACGAGAGCCAUCACGAGAGCCACCAUCAUGGACAUCAUCAUGGACACCACUGA